CCCAGGUUGUUGAUGGCUGCAAAGCCCUGCGACGGUCAACGUUCCGGGUACAAUACAAUCGAAUGACCAUAUCUAGACCGUCCAUAUAGAAACAAGGGUCAGCAUUUCAUAUGGAGGAUAUAAGAAGAUCGUCGCAAGGUUCAUGGCUUCUUCGUUUCACUGUUUGAGUUGUUUCCUCUCCCUUGAACACAACUCCUCUUGCCUAUCCUCACUGUUAUGGCGCGAUUGUUCGGUGUUCCAGGGGUCGUCUUUAUAGUGCUGGCCACAAUCUUGGGUGUUCUAGUCACCAUUUCUCUUCCGACAGUCGAUAACUUCGAUGUAGUUCGCCUUCGGACUGCAGGCGCCAAAGGUACACUUAUCACCACUGCGAGUCAGUCUGUUCGCUGGGGUAUCUGGGGGUUCUGUGAGCAGAGUGUCGGCAGUUCCGACUUCAACUGCCACAAGACCGGCUUGGCAUACAGCGUUAUGUUUCGGAGCAUUAGUGGUGGUGGCACUCAGACCGUCGGAGGAUCAUACACCCGAGGAUUAGUAUUUCAUCCCAUCGUUCUCGCAUUCUGCAUCAUUACACUGGGUUUGAGCUUCUCUAAGCAUCUGGUUGUCAGCCUUGUGGCGUCCUUAUUAAGCUUCUUCACUUGUAUUCUGGCAAUACUUGCUCUCGCAAUCGACAUUGUCCUGUAUUUGCGUGUUCGGAGCAGAGCCAAUAACCUAUCUAACGUCAGAAGUAACACUGAUUUUGGACCUGCAUUCUGGAUGACAGUUGCCCAGCUUAUUUUUCUCCUACUCUCAGGAUGUGCGAUCCUCCUCGCUCGUCGUCAAGAACGUAUCGAACGAGAUGGACCUAACACAAGCUACCCCCUGCUCGAGAAAAACACCUGGUGGAGACGCAUCGCGCAGAUGUGAAAACAGGAACUCAAAUGAACCCGUAACGAUAAGCGGCAGGCUCAUCAAUGCAUUGACAACCAAUCUGGGGCCUGCUGUAAUGUUUACUCCUUUCCCUUUGACUUCUC